GCUGUUAAACUUCUCUCCCGGCCCAUUUAUGAGAUUAAAUAUCUUUAUAACCAUCAUAAUGGAUUUACAGCUUUUAUUCUAAAGGACAUACACCAUUUUUCUUGUUUUUGUCGACCCAGGGACAGUCAAAAUACUCUAAAUGUCUCUGAUAUUUGUACAGUUUUAGCUUCACCGCUACACUUUACGACACCGUAAACUUUACGACACCGUCGAGACUAAUGGAGGAUGGAGCCGAAACCUUCUCCUCCGAGAUUCAGACUGUUUCCUCCCGUGUUUCCAACGAGGAACCGAGGACACCGAACACAGAACUGAAGAAACUUUUGUUUUUUAAGGUUUACAGGAGGAGGUGGCUCGCUCUGCUCAUUCUCUGCCUGUUGAACUGCUCCAACGCGACGUUAUGGCUGACCUUUGCACCAGUAGCGGACCAGUCUGCCAAGUUUCUGGAGGUCAGUCUGGACAAGAUCAACUGGUUGUCGCUGGUCUACAUGGUGGUGGCCAUCCCGCUCAGCUUUGUGACCACGUGGAUGCUGGACACCCUCGGGCUGCGGACCACGCUGAUUCUGGGAGCCUGGCUGAACAUGUUCGGAGCCCUGCUGCGCUUCUUCGGGGCAGCCUUGUUCCUGAGCAAGGAUCAUACAGUCCGGUACCUGACGGUGAUGUUGGGUCAGACCCUCGCUGCCCUGGCUCAGCCCCUCAUCAUCUUCACCCCCACCAAGAUGGCCGCUCUCUGGUUCCCUGACCACCAGCGCGCCACAGCCAACAUGAUCGCCUCAAUGUCCAACCCCGUGGGCAUCCUGCUCGCGAGCAUCUUGUCUCCUGUCAUCGCUCAAACAUCUUUGCAUAUCCCAAACCUGCUGCUGGUCUACGCUGUCCCGGCAUGCAUCAUCUGUUUCCUAGCAACGCUGGGGAUACGGAGCAGCUCACCCCCCACGCCGCCGUCUGCCAGUGCCGAGUCCUCCAGCUCGGAGCCGUUCCUACAGGGGAUCAAACUGUUGAUGACGAACAAAGCCUACCUCGUCCUGCUGGUCUGCUUCGGUUCGGGCAUCGCUGUCUUCACCUGCUUCUCCACGCUGCUGGAACAGAUCCUGUGUGUGACGGGAUACACCAAUACCUUCGCCGGCCUCUGUGGCGCCCUCUUCAUCGUGUUCGGCGUCGUGGGUGCCGCUGUUCUCGGCGUCUACGUCGACAAGACCAAGAAGUUCAUCGAAGCCACGAAGGUCAACAUGUGCUUCACCGCUAUCUCAUGCAUCGCCUUCUCAGUGGUGUGUCUGAUGCCGCAUCAGAAAGCCGCCGUGGCCGUCGUCUGCUCUCUUUUUGGCUUCUUCGGUUUCUCCAUUUACCCGGUGGCCAUGGAGCUGUCUGUGGAGUGUUCGUAUCCCGUUGGAGAAGCCACGUCAGCCGGACUCGUCUUCGUGUCGGGUCAGAUUCAGUCCGUCCUCUACAUCGUCCUCCUUCAGGCUUUAACCAAACGACUCGCAGACUCCCCUCUGUCGACCUGCGGGGACGCCGUCCUGAGCUGGAAGGUGCCGAUGAUGGUGAUGGCCGGGCUGUGCACGUUCUUCACCUGCUGCUUCGUGAUCUUCUUCCACACACGAUACAGACGGCUGGAGGCCGAGGAGCAGGCGGUUUACGGGACCAAACCAACAGACGUCUCCACGACCUCAGAACGCUCCGAGUGUGGAGACGAGAACCUGCCGGCAGGUUCAUGACCAGAAAGAGAGAGACAGCGGGAAUUAUGGGAGUGAUCACACCUCCUGUUGGUUUUCUGUGGUACGAAGUAGAAAAAGAAGGAUUUUAUUGGUAA